AACCCUUGUUACAGGAGUUACGUCUGAGGGAUCCUUACUCACCCCUACUUUGGGAUCUGCUACCCACUAAUUGUUUUCACAUUCAUAACCGCAUAGCACCACCACCGUAUAUUGGGAACAUCUCUCCAUCAAUGAUAAGUGAGGCAGUUGUCAUGUCUCGUGGGUAGCAGAUGCGAGCUCUACUUUGGAAGGAUGGCUGUGGUUGAGGUAUUAGAACUAUUAUUAGUAGAAUGUAGAUGCAAUUUUGGGUACGAAGGGGAGCUUUGAAGGUGUGAGUGGAGAGAGUAGGAAAAAAGAUUAUGACGAGCCCCACGAGCUUAAGCCGGCACUAUGGYAUUAUUCCUGAUCCUGGACGGACUGAGACCUUGGUGGAAGCGGCACUACGAGUCCUGAACACGGCCGAUCCAGUCGAGAAGGCCCGUGUAGGAGAGUCCAUGGCCACGAAAUGGCUCCGGGGCGUCAUCACCCAACCCUACCAACCUUCCCUGGAUUUCCAUGUCCCCGAUCGACCCGCCAGGCUUUCCAAUGUCAAGCUGGUUUCGCCUAGUCUCAUGCCGAAGCUGGGAAAAGCGGGGAGCCUGCAAAGCAGACAAGCCAUCCUUCACAGUCUCGUCCACACGGAGAGUUGGGCCAUCGACCUCUCUUGGGAUAUCAUAGCUCGUUUCGGUAAACAGGAGGCGAUGCCGAGGGAAUUCUUCACGGAUUUCGUGAAGGUGGCUCAGGACGAAGGGCGGCACUUCACCCUCCUCGCGGCACGUCUGGAAGAGCUGGGUUCUUUCUACGGAGCAUUACCAGCUCAUGAUGGUCUCUGGGACUCGGCUACCGCUACUUCUGAGAGCUUGCUGGCGCGCCUAGCAAUCGAGCACUGCGUCCAUGAGGCAAGAGGACUCGACGUGCUGCCCACGACCAUAUCCCGUUUCCGGAACGGAGGCGACGAUCGUACAGCAGAUUUACUAGAGACUGUGGUGUACCCAGAAGAGAUUACACAUUGUGCAGCUGGAGUAAAGUGGUUCAAAUAUCUCUGCUUGAGAUCAACAAAGCCAGCAUCUUUGGAUGGUGACUGCUUCAGACGGGGAGACAGUGAAGACAGAGAAAGAGAAAACACGACAGAGGAGGAAGAGCGAGCAGUCGAUGGUAGAGGAAACAAAGAUGGAACAGAAACAGCAGGUGGGGAAGGUGAUGAUGAUGAGAGGGAGGUGAUGGAGACCUUUCAUGCGACAGUAAGAAGGUACUUCAGGGGUCCACUUAAGCCUCCUUUUAACGAGCAAGCCAGGAAAACUGCCGGAUUUGGCCCUCGUUGGUAUGAACCUCUCGCUGUCAAGGAAUCCAAUUGAGGUCUGAGCCUGAGAAUAACAGAUUUUUGUUCGUUUCUUUUUCCUUUGAAGUCCCAUUUCAAUUGGGGUAAUUUCGUUUGUGUGAGAUAACACUGAUACUAAUAUAGCCUCCGUGAGGCCAUAUCUAUUAAAGCUUAAAGGGUCUUGUUUGUAGUAGGGAAUCACCCAAUUGGACAAAUGAACUCAAAGUUUUGACUUCUGAAAAGUUUAAA